GUAAAUGGAGUUGUUUGGAUUUUAUUUAAAUCAACGCGUAGUUAUUUCUUCUAAUUUAUCCUAUUAAUAGUGUUAUAAGUUACAAAUUCAUCAUGCCGAAUGAAAUGAUAACGCUCCAGCUGGGCCAAUGCGGCAACCAGAUCGGUUUUGAAUUCUGGAAGCAGCUAUGCAUAGAGCACGGGAUAUCGCCGGAGGGCAUCCUGGAGGAGUACGCGACGGCAGGGCUGGACCGGAAAGACGUGUUCUUCUACCAGGCUGACGACGACCACUACAUACCCCGGGCAGUGUUGUUGGAUCUGGAGCCGAGGGUUAUACACACUAUCAUGAACUCGCCGUACGCCAAGUUAUACAACCCAGAGAAUGUGUACCUGUCUAAGCAUGGUGGAGGUGCUGGGAACAAUUGGGCGUCAGGGUAUGCACAGGGGGACAAGCUGAACGAGGAGGUGUUUGACAUCAUCAACCGGGAGGCUGAUGGCAGCGACAAUUUGGAGGGGUUUGUGGUGUGCCACUCGAUAGCGGGAGGCACGGGCUCCGGCAUGGGCUCCUACAUCCUGGAGCACCUCUCCGACCGCUUCCCCAAGAAGCUGGUGCAGACGUACAGUGUCUUCCCUAAUCUGGAUGAAAUCAGCGAUGUCGUCGUGCAGCCAUACAACUCGCUUCUCACGCUAAAGCGCCUCACAGAAAGCGCGGACUGCGUGAUGGUUCUCGACAACACGGCGCUCAACAGGAUCGCCAGCGACCGGCUGCACAUCCCCAACCCCUCCUUCACGCAGAUCAACACGCUCGUCUCCACCAUCAUGUCUGCCAGUACUGCUACAUUAAGGUAUCCCUCGUACAUGAACAACGACCUGAUCAGCCUCGUGGCGCCGCUCAUCCCCACGCCGCGGCUACAUUUCCUCAUGACGGGCUACACGCCACUGACAGCUGACCAUUUGGUGCACGUUCAGGCGCCAAAGAUCCGCAAGACCACCGUCCUGGACGUGAUGCAGCGGCUGCUGCAGCCCAAGAACAUGAUGGUGUCCCUGAGCCCGGACCGCGCCAACCAGCACUGCUACAUCUCCAUCCUUAACAUUAUUCAGGGUGAAGUAGAUCCAUCACAAGUGCACAAGUCCCUCCAGCGCAUCCGUGAGCGGAAACUGGCGAACUUCAUCCCGUGGGGCCCCGCCUCGAUACAAGUAGCCCUCUCCCGGCGCUCUCCGCACGUGACGUCAUCUCACAAGGUGUCGGGGCUGCUGCUCGCCAACCACACGAAUAUCAGCUCGCUAUUCGACCGCUGCCUCCAGCAGUACGACAAGCUGCGCAAGCGCGAGGCGUUCAUCGACGUGUUCCGCAAGGAGCCGAUGUUCCGCGACUCGCUGGACGAGUUCGACGAGUCGCGCUCCGUCGUGGACUCGCUGGUGCGCGAGUACCACGCCGCCGCCACGCCGGACUACGUGCACUGGACGCCCGAGAGCUGUCAACUAUAAAACAAAGAUCUGCGAUCUGCUCGAAGAUUCCAAAGGUUCAAAUGAAAGUAUUCUGACUCACUCGUUAAUGAUCUAACAGUGCCAUCGUACGCAUUUAUCUCGUUAACUCGAAUAACUAAGACACUGUGAUUAAAUGCCAUUGGGUAGCGACACAAUUUUGAGAACCUAGGGGCCGAUUUUUGAGUCUCACUGUCACUAAAAUACCGGUUGAAAACGGUGAAUUGCCUAUUAUUUUCAGUGACAAUUUUCUGAAUUCGAACGCCGUGAGACUCAAAAAUCGGCCCCCUAGUCUCGAAAUGUAAGGUUUAGACUGUACAGUAACCUUAGUAUUCUCGUUUUUGAUAUUAUUUCAUUUCAUACAUAAUUAUCAUGUAAUGAAAGGUCCCUUAGCACGAGGAAAGUCGUACAUUGACCCAUCUAUCUCUUUCCUACGCACGUAUUUAUAUUGCUGUCCCGCCUGUAAUGCUGACGAUCCAUGAACGUGAGAGAGACGGCAAUAUAAUUUUACAUGCGUGUGUAAUAGAGACAGGAACAGGCGAAUCAAUGUGCGAAAUUCAUCGUGUUAAUCGUCCUUAUUUUAGCAUAACUAUCUUUAGAUAAACCAUGUUGCUAUAUCACAGAUACUGAACUGACAGUUAAUGAGAAGGCAUACUCAAAGGUUAUGACAGAUGGCGCCACCUUAUUAGUCCAUUGCACAGAUAAAAAAUUUCAUACAUGAGAGCGAGAAGAUGAUAUUUUUUUCUCUCUCUCACAUAUGAAUGACAGUGACAUGCUAGGCACUUGCACAGGCGCCGCCUGGCGGGAUAAAAAGCGGUGUGCCUCCUCAUUGCCCCAAUUUGUCAGUAUUAGCACAAAAAGGAUAAUUAGGGAUUUAGGGACACUGAAAGUUGACAAAUGUCGCUACUGCAAAACCAGAAAAAUCUUUGUCGGCAGGUUAUAGUGACGCGACGCAGGCAAGUAUGGUCGCGCAAUAAAUGAUAAAAACAUCUGGCCGUCCCUAUCGCACUUACAAAUAGUGCGAAAGGGACGGCCUGAUGUUAUAUCUUUUAUCGCGCGACUAUGAUUGCCUGCCUGGCAUGGUAAAAUAAAAUUUCAGUUGCUUCCUCCUUAGCCGGGUCCACGCAGAACGAGGUACGUCGCGAGGCAAACGUGCUAUGCAAAGUGCCUCGGCCGAGGCACCUCUACAUUUGACGCCUCGCUGUGUGGACCCGGCUAUUGGCUAAAAUAGUAAAGCCUAGACAUUGAACUGUCAUUUCAGUAUCUGUAAUAUAAAAGCACAGCUGUGCCAUUCUUUGCUUGAAUGACUAGGUCUAUUAUUUAGGUUUUACUUAGAAUGUUUUCAAUCUUCCAAAGGUGUUGUCACAAAAUUUCAUAAAAAAUGUACUGAAUUCGUUUAAAAUUCGUGUCGCUAACUGUAUAUGUAAUUUGUAAAUUCCACUGUCUCUCUACUCUAGUUAAGUGUUGUUUAAUGGAUUAAACCCUUGUUAGGCUAAACGAUUGUUUUGUUUAACGACUAGGUUAGUUGCCUGUAUAAUAAGCAUUGAAAUAAAAAAGUUGCUUUUUUA